AUGAACACAUUUUUACCGGCGAACAUGUUGACGAACAAAGAUAAAGUCAUCUCUCUUCGAGACGAUACCGUUAAAGUCUCCGACGAAAACGCUGAUAGAACGACGAUGGUAAGACCUCCUUCUUCCUCGUAUUCCGCGCGAGUUAAAGUGCAUAUUAAGCCACUGGGUAUCAAGUUCGUUGAGAAGAUCGAUUCGUCUGCGUGUCCAACCAUACGCGACUUUGUCGAGCGACAGCUGUGGAAAGUCCAGGAAAUACGAGGGAAGGAAAUAAAGAUAUACGUGGAAGAAGAGGGAAACGAAGAGGAAGGGUACGAGUUGUUCGGCGACACGGAAACCUGCGUUUUAAAACCGGACGAAUUGUUGACGGUGAAACUCGUCUCGGACGACACCAAAAAGCAGAAGAAGGCGAAAACAGUCGAGAGAACGCGAAAAACGAAGAAAGUAACGUCGACGACGCGGAUGGUAGAUUUCUAUGAGGAAGGGAAGAAAAAGCGUAAAAAGGGCGAGGAAGAAAACGCUGAGAAGGAUUCGUCGAGCGAGGACGAGGACGGAGAGAAUGAGUCGAUUCUGAAACACCAAAUCGUGCACUCCGCAAUAGUCAGAGGGGGUGCAAAGGGUAUACACGCAAAGGAUCUCUCUGAAAGAGAGAAGGUCAAGUUGAAUACUGUGCGUGCAGUCCAGCUAAAAGGCAUGCAAGAAGGCAUUUACAAACGGGUCUCGCCUGGCACGUAUGCGAUUACGUCGAAAGGAAGUGAGAAGGUGAUUAAAAAGAUGAAGAACUCUCCUAACUCUGUGCUCACAAUCUCGACACCGACGAAUGCGAAAAAUUUUACCACGAUAAAGUCGCCGCUCACGACUCAAAGAAAACUUCUCACGACUGACGACAUAUCGUCUCGAUUGACGGGAAAGAUGAUUUCUGUAAAAUUUGAAGAUCCGCCCGAGUGGUUUGUUGCAACCGUACUAUCAUUCGAUGUGAUCGAGCAAAAAUCUUCGCUGUUUUACCAAGACGGCGAUCGAGAGCUUUUGAACAUGGCAAAAGCGUGUCGUAAAGGCCAACUUUCGUGGGUAGUGCACGGCGACAACGGCACGUCUAAAACUCAUUACCGUUUACCCCCUCCCUCUCCAAUUACGGAUUCUGAAAAAGCUCAGCGCGCACUCGAGAGGUUACGUAGCUACAUCAAAUCUUUAAACGGUACUUUGCCCGAAGGAUGGAACGACGUUGACAUCCACUACUAUCGCAACGGCGUUUCAGAAAAUUACUUUAUUUCACCAGAGGGCAAGAAAUAUAAAGGACCUCGAGCAGUAGCAAAAGCUUUGAACCUGCUAUGA